CUGCACUAUGAGACCCUCCUGGGCAGCAAAGUUUGUCUCCACCUGGCAGCAGCUGCCUGGGCCUGUGGCUUUCUCUAUGCUCUGCUGCACACAGCCAAUACAUUUUCCCUGCCCCUCUGCCAGGGCAAUGCUGUAGACCAGUUCUUCUGUGAAGUCCCCCAGAUCCUCAAGCUCUCCUGCUCCACAACCUACCUCAGGGAACUUUGGCUUAUUGUGGCCAGUGCCUGUUUAGUCUUUUUCUGCUUUAUGUUCAUUGUGGUGUCCUAUGUGCACAUCUUCAGGGCAGUGCUGAGGAUCCCCUCUCAGCAGGGACGCCACAAAGCCUUUGCCACCUGCCUCCCUCACCUGGCUGUGGUCUCCUUGUUUAUCACCACUGCCAUCUUUGCCUACCUGAAGCCCUCCUCCUUCUCCUCCCCAUCCCUGGACCUGGUGGUGUCAGUUCUGUACUCAGUGGUGCCUCCACAUCUCAAAUAUAAUCCGCCACCCCGGGAGCAUACGCUGCGCCUCAACAUUCCCUGUGGCAGCAGCAUCCCAUGA